UGACAGUUGUCAGGAAUUUUCGGCGAUGCGUUAGGAGCAUGUUUACAUUGUGUAAUAUCGGGCAAUUGGCGGAAUUACGGUGAUUUUGCGGUAAAUUACGCCGAGUGUGACGACGUUAAGUGACGUAGAAAUAGACGCUAGGUUGCACUAGUACGCAGAUUUGGGGGAAGCCUAUCAAAGCUUGUUGAAGAAAUGGCAUUCUUUUUGACACCCAAAGGCCUAUAGUGCGCUAAAUGUGGCUGGUUAUCCGCCGUUCGAGUCGUAAAUUCGUUAAUUCAUGGCUUUUUGGGGAGUUUCGUCGAGAUUAAUGUGAAUUAACAACGUUACAUGUAUUGAUCACCGUAUAGGUUAUGUUUCCAACUUUCAUUAGCAUCCUAGAUAUUCAAUCAUGGUGGGAGGUUCCAAGCAUUGCACAUUUUUGUUCAUUGUUUCGAACAGCAUUUAACCUUUUGGAUUUUGAUAUCGAGGAUUUGGAGGAGGCUCUCUUGACUGAUGGGACGGAGGAAACCUCUUGGCUUCAAGAACUGAUCGUGAGGCUUCUCAGUGGGUGCUUGCCGAACAAUGAAAUCUCAACGUUCAAUUAUCAGAUGUUCCUGAGACGUCUCUUUCGCCAGAAAUGUCAGGAACAUGAUCAAUACAACCCAUUUAACACAGACGUUGAUUUCCAAUUGUUACCUUUGAGAACAAAAGUGGACAUUUUACAUGCACUCUGUGAUUUUCGUUUAGAUGCUGAUGAUGUGCUUGACCAGCUGAAAAAUUUAGAAGCAGACAGCUUGAGGGUUGAGCCCCUGGGUUAUGACAGUAACGAAUCUGCUUACUGGUAUUUUUACGGUACUAGACUGUACAGAGAGGACUUUAAAACCAAGAAUAAUAAGAAGAAAUCCGUGUGGCAGGUUAUUUGUUUCACUGAAGACGAUUGGUUUCAACUUAACAAGAAAUUUAAAAAAUCGACUGCUAAGUGUGAAAGAGAGUUACAUCGUACUUUAAGUGAGAACUUCUUGCCUGAAUUGCCCAGAUUGUUCCGGGAAAAGGAAAGACUGGCCAGGAAGCGUCUGCUGGAAAAUCAACCGAGACGCACUUCUCGACGUUUGAGAAAAGAAAAUACAACUGAAAAAGAAGAAGUAACGUGUGAAUCGCCGAAAACCAAUCCUCUUGAAGAGGAAGAAAGACAAAGAAAGCGCGAUUUGGAAAUCAAGAGAAAAGAAGCUUAUGAGAGAAGUAACAGACUUAAAGAGCAGAGCGAAGAUAGCCAAAGUGAGGACUCUGAAGUACGGUAUGAGAUGGGCGGGACUAAAACGCGACAAAAGAAGUCCAAAGGAAGACAAAGAAAAUUGUCAACAAGUUCCUCUAACAGUAAAGAUGCAUCAUCUGCGCCGAAGAGCUCAAAAAGGAAGAAAACAGGUGAGGAGACUUCAAAAUCCUCGACUUCUUCCGCAACUACAACAGUUGGUCGACAAACCAACAAUUCGCUGGCGGCAGCUACUGGACAAAUUGUUAUCCAACCUGUUACCAACUCACACAAGAAAAAACUAAAAACUUCUCAAGUGUUUCGUCAAACCGACGAAGAUCUAAUAACAGGAAUGCACAAGAUCUUAGAUUACGUAAAAAAUCAUGAAGACGCAUGGCCCUUUGCCGAUCCUGUUGAUGAGGAUUACGCACCCAAUUAUUACACAGUUAUUCGGAAACCAAUGGAUUUGCAAAGAAUGGAAGAGAGGCUGGAUGCAGGUUAUUACAAGAACUUUGCAAAAUUCAGAGACGAUUUCCAGUUAAUCGUGGACAAUUGUCGACUUUAUAACGGUGUUGAAAAUGAAUAUACGGAAAUGGUCGAUAAUUUGUUGAAAGUAUUUGAAAGAGCAACUGAGAAAUUUUUGGACCAAAUCUCAUCAUCCGACGACGAAAUCGCCGUUGAAUUCCCUAAUACUGAUCUGGACGCAAAAGAUACCAAAAAGAACAACAAACCAGAAUCUAAAUCAUCAAAGCGUAAACCGACUCUUGCAGCUAAAACAGAUAAAAAGAGGGAGCAUUCGCCCUCUGAAGAAUCUCUAGGUAAAAGGAGUCUUUCCUGUGAUUCGCUUAUUGAGGAAGAUGAAAAGAUAUCGUCGAAUAAAAAAGACAAAAACACUAAGAAAACAAAUAAAGUAGCUAAAAAGGAUAAAAACGACACUAAGAAAAACACACGAGAUAAGAAGAAUUCUAAUAGUAAACACAAGAAAGAGAAAUUUUCAAGUCCCUUGAGAAGUAGAAGUCCUAGCAGGAGCGUUAGUCGAGAUUCCUUUAGGCGAAGUUAUAGCAGUAGUCCUCCGCCCUCAAGUGUCCCUUCCAGUCCCGAUAACAGGUUCGAUUUUUUCCCAAAAAAACAUAAGUCUUUUGAAGAUAAGGACUCGGACACCCAUUCAGGGCCUAAAGGUAAACAGAAGCAGAAGCAAGACGACACAAACACAUGUGAUACUUCAGCAAAGAAACAAAAUGACAAACCGGUCACAUCGCCAUCAAAACCGAAAGAUAAACAUAACAAGCUUCGAGAAACUAUAGAAAAAUUAAAAGCCAAAAGUGAAAUUUCGAAUAAAUUGAACGACGACGAGUUCCGUUUCGACUUGGAUACCUUUAAAGAAAACAAGGAAAAGUCCAAGAAAGACGACAAAAGUCGAAAGAAGAAGGAUAAAGUGACUAAGCCACACUUGAAGAAAGACCUCGAUUUUGAAGAUAGUAAUAGCACAAUGGAGAGUUUGCAUACUACUGACAAUAAGAAGAAGAAAACAAACACGAAAAAUUGUAAAAAUGCGUCGAUUGAUGCUUUGACAAUUGCUACAGAACAGACGCUGAAAGACAUCAACAAGUGGUUAGACGACACACCAAAAUAUUCGGAAUUUAGUUCGGCGAGUAAUUCUCCGUGUUAUCCUCCUUUGGAUGACUUCGAUAUUGUCAAUAAGAUUGACAACGAUCCUCGGAAGAAAGUCGAAAAAUUCAAUUCGAAAAAGGACGGAAUUGGUAAAGAUAUAAAGAGACGAACAUUUAGUAGAGAUCCGGCGAAAUUUCUCAAACGCCGGGAAGUGCAAAGGACCAUAGAUCGUCUACAGCCUGGAAAAAGCAAAGGCAAUUUGAUUUCGAGCGUUCAGAGUUCGAAACAAACAGACGAACUGUUUCCUCUAGGUCCGCUAUCAAAGAAUAAAGACACAAAAAAUUCUUUGAUCGUUAAAACUGACGAUAACGCACCAAAGUUGAGUUUAGGCUCGGUUUUGGACAGUUUCGGACGGCACAAGUUUGUCGACGACACGAAACAGGACGAAUCCGAAAAUGCGACCAAAAAAGACGAAAAGUUUAGCAUCAGUACGGAAAUUAAAGAGGAAACUCAAAUUAAACCCAAACUGGAAGAUGUAAAGAAAGAAUCUCCCGUGCGAGAAGAAUCUAGUAUGAUGAGUGGAGCAACUCCAAAUUUAAGUGCCUGGUUUAAAGCUUUCGGUGCCCCGAAAAUUCAAUCAUCCCAAAAGAAAAGUGAAAAGUCGGAAGGAAAAGAAAGCGAGAAAACUGACGAUAGUAAAGUUGAUCCCAAAUCGAAGGAGGAAGCAAAAGUUCCAGUCCCUGAACAUUCACCGAGCACUGACAGCCCCGUGGCCACUCACGGCCAACCCGUGCCAAGACAAAGGAAAGUGAGUACUGGAAGUAGCAUAUCGGAGCGUUCGUCAUUCAGCCAAGACAUGGACUCGCCCAGAGUGGGAAUCGACGAAAGACUUGGGGCCUACCCGGCCCCCUACCCAUCCCCCAUGCACCGUUCGCCCUCUGGGGCCUCGCCAGUGAUGGCCUCGCCCCGUCCGGACGUCUCCCCCAAAGCAGCCCCAUAUCCUCCCUUCAACGGACAAAUCAGAGUAGGGUUCUACCAAGACACGGUCUCGAACAAAAGCAGCCCUGACAAGUCGUGCAGCCCCCGAGACAAUCCCCAGUCGCCCUACGCCCAAUGCUCUGAACACGUCUACACCCCUAAUACCACCCAAAACAUGCCUUAUACGUAUCCCAACUCGCCCUAUUACUCACACACACCGAAUUAUAGCAACACGAAUCCUACGCCUCCCUAUAAUCCGGAUAGUGUGAACCCUCCAUCUUACUACGACACGAAUAAGUCACUAACGGAUCAGUACCAAGCCAAGAAUAUACAAAAUUAUGUUAAUUCGCCCAAUAAUGUGCAAUCACCGUCGCCACAUCCUCCAAUAGAGACGUUCCGACAAGAGGAUCAGAACCAGAACAAAGUGAACGAGAAGAUGGUGCAAAGUGCGAUGUUUCCAGUCAAGAAACGGGCAUACAAUGAGUCAGACUCGGCCCAGAUGAGUCACAGGUACGAGGAAGUCAACCGAAAUAUCCAACCCAUGGAGGGCCAAAACACCCAGAAUGUUGACACCAUGCAUAUGAAUGCGCGUGAGGAGUCCAUGAAACACUACAUCCAUCAAAAUAUCCCAGACCCUAAACCACUAACAGUCCAGACCAAUGUUUCGCCCCAACAACAACUCGCCUCCCCGAUUAUAAACUACUCUACGCCGUCAAAUCCGUACAAUAACUACAGUAACGAGUCUAAUUACCCCCUAAAUAUACUAUCGCGAAGUCUGGCCUCGACCCCAGGCAUUGAGCGAAAACUGGACAUUGGGAAAUAUACCAAUAUGGGGUACUCCGGCCCCGAGGUGAACUUCCCAAGGGGUAUGCAACAGUACAGUCGGUCAGAGUUGAGCUAUGCGAGACCCCCAUCCAACGACCAACAACCAGUAUCCAACCAAGGACAACAACCAUCCGAGGUUUUGCACUACUCGAACGCCAGCCCCCAUAUGGGGUACAAAAACGUCGACAUGAACGCAGCGACUUCCAACCCACAACAAGCACACACCAACUAUACAAACACUUCGGUGCAUUCGAACCCCAAUCGUUUAGGGCAGCCUCUAGACGUGCAGAGUUCGUACAAGUCGAACGAAGUGUCGAUACCCAGGCCGACGUACAAUACUCACAUCGAUAUGGACCAACCUUUAGGUUUAAGAGGGAAUAUAGCGAAUUUGUCGCAUAUCGUCGACCGGUAUAAUAAUGACGAGAGGAUGUUGACCGGAUUGCAACCAGCAGCAAGUCAGUAUUAUGGUGAUAAGGGCUUAGGAGGGCCCCAUAUGUUUAAUAAACCCAUCUGUACGAGCUCGUCAGGACUGCCGAUUUUUAAUCAGCCCAAUAUGAUACAGUCAUAUAAUCAGAAUAUGCAAGUGCCGACUUCUUCAAUGUAUAAUAGGCAGAUGACGGAAUUGCAGAAUCCGAUGAGUGGCGAAGCGAAGAAUGCCAAUGUUGCGCAACAGGGGAGUGAGAAGAAGUCCAAGAAGCGGAAGAGUGCAAAAACAGCCCAGGCCGCGUCCGCGUCAGAGCCGCCGGCGCAGGCCAACAAUCAGGGCUUCCAGUCGUACGCGGGCUUGAAGUCGACCUCCCCCAUGGAACCAAGUGCAAUAUCGCUGAAGACAGCGAGCGUCGUCCCCGGCAGCGCAUUCAAUUUCGGACCAUCGCCGUCAGCGCUGGGCAUAGGCUCAGGCCUGUACGGUGACAAAGAUGCAUAUCCCAACUUCCUGGAGGACUUCCGCGCCGCCCCCAACUACUACAUCGCGGCGGCGACGGCGGCCCACCACAGAUCCACCCCGGACGCCCCCGACAAGCAAACCCGCGUGGCGGCGCACCAGUCGUCCGCCCGGCAGGCCCCCAGUUACCCCUUCAUAGGCGCGCGGCAGGCGACGCCCCCUAGUUACCCCCUGAGCAGCCACUUCAUGCCGUCUGCGCAGGCGCCCCUCAUGGAUGCCAGCUCGCCGCUCUACCAGCACUAUCUGCAAGCGGGGGUGCUGAACCAGGGACUUUUGGGCCCCCCAGGGCCGUACCCGCCCGGGUACCAUCCCGCGCUAAGUAUGAGGCAACCAUACGAUUCCAUGACAAGGCCGCCUUGGCUCUAAUCGACGGUUUGUUUUUCGGGAAAGUUAUUAGUGAUUGUUUUUAUUUGCCAAAGACAGUUUAUUCCGUUUGUUAAAUUGUACAUUAAAUUUUAUUUUGGAAAUUCGACGAUUUUGCGAUUAUUGUUUUAUUUUUUUAUAGCGGCGUGCGGAAAGCUCUGUGAUUUACUUUACGUGUGAUCGUAAAUAUUUUUGUUAUGUCUUUUUCAUGUUUAUGGAUUCACUGUCAAUAGUUUUUCGUAACUGUUAGCAUCGGACCAUUAUUUUACCUCAUGUUUUAUAUCAUAGUAUAUCGAACUUUUGUAGUGCUUACAAUAGUUCUGUGUUGUUUAUUUUAAAAUGAAAUUGUUGUAUACUGGGUAACUCUGACCAGAAGUUGUCUUCGAUUAACAUGUUGCUAUACGGUCGGGUGUAUCCGCAAACAUUCCCAAAUUUUGUGCAAAAUAUCUACUUACCUAGACUAAGGUUCUUAAUAGCAGAGAUAUAUGUCAAUGAAUUUAUUAUUCAUCACGGUUUGAUUUAUGUUUAUACAUUUAUGUAUAGUACAUAAAUACACAACUUGUGUUAAUUUUACGUACUAUUUAUUUAGGAUAUAACAUUUACAUUGUCUAGAUGUUUGCCUUAUUCUUAAAAAUUUGUAAAUUAAAACAUCGACAAUAGAAUCUUAAAGUUAUCACUAAAUGAAUAUCAAAUUAAAACAAGUGUAUGGCAUUAAAGCCAUAUAAGCUUUAAUCAGAUUUUUAUUGUACAAAAUUAUAAACAAUAUCAAAAAUAUACAUUUAAAAAUGUAAAUAUGAAAUGUAAAUGGACUAAUACUAGUGUAAUUUUGAAAACAUGUAUUGUUGUACAAUGAAAUAAUAAAUAUUUAGUGAUUUGUA